CCGGCCGUGGUUUGUGUGUCAUAUGAUUUACCCAAGAUGGCAUCGAUCGGCUUCCCGGUGACUUUGCUGCUGCUGGGCGGAUCUUGCUGGCUGAGCUUAGGGAGCGCGGCGGGGCCAGUCCCGCUGGUAAUAUGGCAUGGCAUGGGAGAUAGCUGCUGCAAUCCCGAGAGUAUAGGUUACAUUAAAAAAAUCGUGGAGGAGAAAAUCCCAGGCAUCUACAUUCUAUCUCUGAUGAUUGGCAAGAACUUAAUUGAGGAUGUGGAGAACGGUUUCCUCAUGAACGUGAACGACCAAGUGAAGCUGGUUUGCGGCAUCCUUGCGAAAGACCCGAAGUUACAAGGCGGCUUCAAUGCCAUGGGCUUCUCGCAGGGAGGGCAGUUUCUGAGGGCAGUGGUACAGAGAUGUCCUUCUCCCCCUAUGCUCAAUUUGGUAUCUGUUGGGGGUCAGCACCAGGGAGUGUACGGUUUCCCACGCUGCCCCGGGGAGAGUUCACGCCUCUGUGACUGGAUCCGGAAGAUGCUAGAUCUUGGUGCUUACACCCAGGCUGUUCAGGAGCGACUGGUUCAGGCCCAGUACUGGCAUGAUCCACUGAAUGAGGAAGAAUACCGGAAGAACAGCCUCUUCUUAGCUGAUGUCAACCAGGAACGAUGCAUCAAUCAAACUUACAAGAAAAAUCUGAUGUCUCUGAAAAAAUUUGUGAUGGUGAAGUUCCUCAAUGAUACCAUGGUGGAUCCUCCUGCCUCCGAGUGGUUCGGUUAUUAUCGGAGUGGCCAAGCCAAAGAGACCAUUCCCUUGAAGGAGACCUUGCUGUACACAGAGGAUCGUUUGGGACUGAAAGAAAUGGACAAAGCAGGGAAACUGGUAUACCUGGGAGCAGAAGGAGAUCACCUCCACUUCUCCAAAGAAUGGUUCUUCAAGAACAUUUUGCCCUUCCUGCAGUGAAGCUGCAGCUCUUCUUUCCUGUCGUUGCUAGAACUCUCCUUUGGGGACAUCUUGGCCUAGUUUGGCAUCUGCUGCUUAUAAUGCCUGGAGGCGUGUGCGUGUUCUUACUAACUCACUAGGUUCCGGUCUCAUUUCAGGAUUAAGAAAACUAACCAAACGCCACUGCACCACUAGCUUUCCUGUGACUGUGGUUUGGGAGCCAUGGGUACAUGCCAUAUAGUUGAAAUGGCCAUACCCUAUCUUCUGAUGAGGUGGUCACGUUAAAAUACAAACCAAAAUGUUGUCUCCCAAAUUAACUUUAGCAGUGAUUUAAAAAAAAAAUCUAGAUGUCCCUUUUCCAAAACAGGCAGCUGGUAGGAGAACUCAACUUAAAAUGCUAUUUGAACAUAUGCAAGUGUGCACUGACUGAAAAUACUCUAGUGUAAUUGCUAAGCCUCUGGCAGAACUCUCAGGGAGUUGGGAGUGGGAUUUUUUUUUUUUUAAACACCGGAGAGUGUUAUACUAAGCAAAGGUGGAGGGGCUUAGGUGACCUUUUGGAGCAGGCGUGUCUGCUUGUUUGGGUUUCUUGGUAGCAGAGCGUUCUAGAUCUCAAGCAGUGUGGGAAGGGCAGCUCCAACUGCAGCCAGAGACUGAACAGUAUUGCCAAGCACAGAGCCAAGGCUGGACUGGGGUUAUUAAUGCAAUACUUUCCCCAUCAGCUUCUAGGGUUGUGAGUCCAACUGUGUGUGGUGGGAAACUGCUGUCAAAGCAAGUUGCACUUUAAGGCAUUGUUGAAUUCAUCACAAUAAACAGAUGAACAUUUGACACAUUCCAAUAAAUUUUUAAUAAGA